AAUCAGUGGAAACUGUCCAGGGCCACUCAGCUCCCUCUUUUGUUUGUUUGAAGACUGCUGCAGUGGGAAAGUGCGUGACGGAGUACACGCAGGCUGGGCUAGCCAUGGUGUUGUAGCCGUAAAGCUAAUUUUGUCGAAGAAAGAUAGAAGCCUGUUUGUUGUCUUCGGUGCUCUAGUUUGCUAACAUCGAUGUUAGCAAACUAGCUUGUUCGUGUAAAUGCUUUUCACGAGAAUGGACCUGUUGAAUUCUCAGUUCCUGGACAAGAUGAACAAUAACAUUGGGAGACUGCACUACGAAGACGAGUCCAGGAUGCCCUCCCUGUCCACGACCAUGUCCAACAUAACUGGGCCUCCUUCACACUGCCCAAGCAAACGAAAGUAUGGUGAAGAACAAAUGGAAGACCGAAUCAACUGUGACGAUGACCACAUGACCAAAAUGAGCAGAUUGUUUGCCACUCAGUUGGCCCGUCCCUCUGCUGGAGACAACCGUAAUGAGCACUGGAGCCUCAGCCACAGUCCUGUGGAGCACGUUACCUCCUCCUCUAAUAGUCUCCAUGGGAACCACCUGUAUUCUUCCAUUUCUGGCUAUGCUGUAGAUCAGCCUCUGGCUCUGACCAAAAGCAGCCACGAAAUUGGAGUUGGGGGAGUAGAGAGGUCUGUCAUAAGUGGGACUGCAGAGCGACAACAGAACCGUCCCUCGGUUAUUACCUGUGCCCCUGCAAGCAAUCGCAAUUGUAAUCUUACACACUGCCACAUGAAUGGCUGCUCUCCCAGUCCACCUAUUGAUCAGAGAAAGACCAACGCUAACACAGUAUGCGACCCUGUGAUCGAGGAGCACUUCCGUCGCAGCCUUGGCAAGAAUUACAAAGAAGCGGAGCCAGUGUCUAACUCGGUGUCGAUCACUGGUUCGGUGGACGACCACUUUGCCAAGGCGCUGGGAGAUGCCUGGCUGCAAAUCAAGGCCAGGGGUGGAGGUCCUCCAACUCCAGAGGCUGAUUCAUGAAUCAGAAUGGAGUAAACAUUACAGUCACUUCCUAAGUGUGUGCAUAUGAGAGUGGAGAUUGCCCACUGUCAUUUCUUGCCAAGAAUCAACUUCCCUUAGCCAAGAACAGUGUCAGACAUAUGGUGCACACAGAGGCUGUUCACUUGUGGACCUCGAGGUCAAUCUUCUAGUAGAACAUUCAGCUCGGAUUUGGAAUCUGAAAUUGGCAAGGCUCUCUAUCGUAGAGGAAAAACUAAAUCUUGCGUAGUUGGGUUGACAGUUUUAGUCAUGGAAACGGUGUACAAUCAUUGAUUUUAUUUUAAAAUGAUGGGAUUCACAAUGUAGUCAGUUUUUUGGAGCUCCUGCUCUUCCUCACUUGCCUUUCACCCGUCGCAAUAGCCAAAGAAACUUCCUGCCUUUUUCAUCAACAUAUAAGCCAUAGAUCUUGUCUCUACCGUCACUCUAAAAUCACACUGCUUUUUAUUCUCUAUUACUUGAAAAGGACAGCCAGGUCUCAUUUGCACUAUUACCUGUUCCAGUUGGAGCUAAUGUGUUCACGAAUGCAUUUUGUGUUCUGAGAUUGUGAUAAUGCAAGUAAGGCUCUGGUCCCCCCCGCUUUCUGAAGACGCUCGAUCGAUCGGUCUUCUUUAUCAUGGUGAACUGGACGUAUCCACUGUUGAAUGAAUAAUUUUAGCGUCCUGUCUAUACCCUCACUGUGGCUGAUUACUUAGUGAACUAAUACCAAUCAUAUUAGAUAUCUCUAACUAGAAAGCAUGUUUCAAAUAGCUGGUUUCUAUUACAAACCUUAUUCUAUACUAUAUAUUUACUCAGAAUUUAUUUUUUAUCUGUAACAUUUUAGAAAUACUCACUGCUGGGACAGUUGUACUCAAUAUAUUUUUUUGUAUCCGAUUUUCAUUACUAUAUGUAGGUGUGUAUCUUAGCCUCCAGCUACGAAUCCCAGCCUCUGGCCAGGCUGUCUGAAUGCGGUUUGCUCGGCUGCGUUGCGUUUGUUAUUCUGUGGAGCUGGACGCUAUAGCUUUACACGACUGAAUACAGCUAAAUCUGAUCUUCUGUAGCGCGGUUUAUUUGCAGUGGCUUUAUUUAUUCUCAUCAUGUUAAUAGUGUCAUGUUGACUUUUGGCAAAACGUAGUGACAACAGAAGUCUAAAUUUGGUGUGUGUCUUUCUAAUCAGAACAACAGCGGAUCUCUCGUCUGCUUCAGCGACAAAGCAGUUGAUUUCCCUUAAAACUUUGAAUGGACAUGCGACGUGGGUGUCCGUAAUUUACGAGUAGGCAUCAACAUUCCUCCACUACUGCCUGACACUUAACAGUCACUUCGGUUGGGUUUAGCAAGUACUGUUACAAGUUUGUUUGUCUUUUAUUUUUUAUUAAAUCAAGGUGGUGUUAUGGUGUGAGCUGCAAAAGUCUUCUUAAUAACUGAGUAUAUGCAGUUGAGUUUAAGUUAAAUUUUCCCUUUUCUGAAAUUAUCUUAUAGUCCCAUAACCUAUUUGUCCACACUGAUUAAGAUAUGGUAUUGUAAAGUCAGAUUUUUUUUUUUGUCAAUUAACUGUCUGUGAAAGCAUUUAAUGUUUGUAUUAAUAUUUUGCAGUUUUUCAGGUGUUACAUACACUAUCCUGUCUUUAUAUUUUAUUUUACACAUAAGACUAUCAUUGCGCCGUGCGGAAUGAUCAUAGAUAUUUUGUUUCUAUUCAGAGUAGUUACUCGUCUCUAGCAUGGAUGUUUAUUAUCUCCUAACCAUGCAUUCUAUCUUUUUUUAAAAGUUGAUUAUUUUGCCACAGUUGUCAGAUUAUUACUAAAGUGCAGGAACACAACAGUCUUUUGAUCAAAGACUUUCUUGGUGCAGAGUCCGGAAAACUUCUGUUUGUUUAGCUUUCUGUGUGUACCGUAAUAGAAAUUAGGGAUUAUCAUGGGAUCUGCUUGUUUGACACAAGUGGAAUUUUCAGUAGUGUGUUCGGGGGUUUUAGUCCAUUGUUAUUUAAUUUCUAUAGACUACCUGUAUCUCAAAGACGGUUUUGCAGAAAGUACUUGUUCCAGGUGUCAUCUUCAUAUAAAAAAACUGAAACAUUUGUUCAUCUUUGUCCUUAUUUCUCUGGAAGAAAGUACCACUUUUUUGUACUUACAUUUCUUCCAAAUAAAUAUAAUGCCUACCUUUGCA